UGAAAAUAUGUAGAAAAAAUAAACGUGUAAAUGGGUAGGUGAUGACGAUUAGAAAGUUGUGAACAGUGAAGUGACACUGUAUUUACGCAUUUGGAAAUACAUUUGCAAAACUAGGUCUACAAAAAGUUGGAUAGGGAAAUUUGCUUCUCAAAUAGCCAUUUUUGUUACGCUUGGUUAUUAGAUGCCGAAGCUUAACAACAUGGAUAAAAAUCAAACACACCUUCAUAAAAGCGUAUGACUCUACCGUUAAAAAUAUGACUUGUAAAAUGGAGGCCAUUUAACCGUGAGCACUGGCUAGGCUUUCCCCUUUAUCUCCCACGUUCUCUCCCACAGUCACGUGCCUAGCACACCCAAUCCAAUCUCUGCAGUGAUUCAACUUAUCAGAGGUCUGUAGUUCACAGCGAAGUCAAGUAGUUAGUUACUUGAUUUCAACGGAUUCUGCUUUUGAGUCAGUUUCAUUGUGGGUGUAUCCGUCCGGCUGCUCUCUCUUUACUUGUUUUUGUUAUGUCGACAUUGGGAACACUAAGUUACUACGCUGACUCACACAUUCCACACGAGAAUGACGAUCAUUUGGCACCGAGGUUCUCAUCUGGACCCGUGGUCCAGCAGCAGUCUCGUGAACUGACGCUACUUGAAUAUGGCGAACAAGAGCCCUAUACUUUCCAGGCCAAAUCAUCCAUUUUUGGUGCGUCGUGGAGUCCCGUGCAGCCCACAGGCGCAUCUAUCGCCUACCACCCAUACAUUCAUCACCCAUGUUCAACAGGAGACAGCGAUGGAGCAUCCGUGCGUCCCUGGGCGUUAGAACCGCUGCCUGCACUGCCAUUCACGGGAUUAUCCACAGAUACGCAUCAAGAUAUAAAACUUGAACCAUUGGUUGGGAGUGGUGAGUGCACGACUCAUACACUUCUUGUGGCUGAGACAGACAACAAUACGACGCAAACGGAGAGGAAGGUACCAGACGAUGCUGUUUCCAACGGAUCACAUGAUGAGAAAAUUCCUGCGGAGACGAAGCUAGAUCUAGACCCAAAUAACCCUUCGUCCAACUGGCUGCAUGCGAAGUCCACUAGGAAAAAGCGGUGUCCGUACACUAAGCACCAAACACUCGAGCUGGAAAAAGAAUUUCUGUUUAAUAUGUACCUCUCUCGCGACCGUAGAUAUGAAGUGGCAAGACUCCUAAAUCUCACCGAGAGACAAGUCAAAAUUUGGUUCCAAAACCGUAGGAUGAAGAUGAAGAAAUGCAAUAAAGAUCGCCCAAAAGACAUUUAAAAAGAGGAAAGCUGUACCCGCGCACUGCAGUUGGAAGAAAUUGUUUGUGAAUUAGCCAGUCUUUUGCCUCAUGCACAACCACAUUUUAUCAUUAUAGAUAGCCUACAUUUUGUAUUGUUAGAUGUACAUUGCACAAACAUUUGAUCUGAGAGAAUGCUUGUAUAUAUGAUUAUGUUUUGUAUACAGCCUGUUGUUGAUUCCUCUCAUUUGGAUUGCUUGUUGUAGGUCUAAUUUCGUAUUGUAAAUGUUUAGUUUGUUGUUAAAGUUUUUAAAUGUACUUAAUGAUUUCAGGGAAAUAGGUUCUGCGAUAUGAAAAGUUGAUGAUAUGCAUGAAUUUUAAUGAUUAUUAUUUUUAAUUUUCAAACUUAGGCUAUCUUGUAGUGUAAUGUAUAAAUGUUUAUUGUGACUACCUAGAUGUAUUUGAACUACCUAUGUAUUAAGAUGAAUUAAUUUAUGCUGUGUUGUUCGUCAUCGAAAUAUUUCAUUGAAUUUUGUAACAUAUAUGCUUGUAAUGUUAUAUGCAUACGCCAAUACCUCAAAUCAACAGUGUUAGUCGUUUUCAAAUGAAAUAUCACUUCUGUAAAUAACAAAUAAAUUUCUGAUAAACACUA